UGCUUUUUGAAUUCUUAGGAAUGAAAAAGCAUGUGCGACAACAAUUCUUAAAAAUUAAACCAACUGAAGCUUGGGAAUUUUAUAUGAAAAUUGAAUCGAGUUUAGUUGAAAAUUAGUAAGAGACACGUGAAGUUGCAAAGCGUCUCAGAGUUUGUAAUCAUUAAAAAUGUCUAUAAGAUAUUGUCGCAAUAACUUUUUGUUGUUGCUGUUAUUCGCCUAUAUCCAACAAGGAAGAACACAAUCGGAAGAAAACGAUUCCUGCCAAACGGAUAAUUAUGAAGGCAUAUGCGCAGUAGUUGCAAAUUGUCCGCACUUGCAACCCACUAUGGACGCAAUGCAACUUACCAGCAAGGAUGUGGGUCACUGUGGAUACAAUAUACGUGAAGAGAUUAUUUGUUGUCCGAACAGUGUAGCUGCUAGAACAACUACAGUGAAGCCACCGGAAUUCACCACUAUGUCAUCGAAAACAAUUCGAGAUAUGUUAGCCGCACUACCAGCAAACGAACGGGCACAAAGAUUAAGAGAUCUGAUCAAAGAGGCAGGAAUUGGGGCCGGAGGCCGAAGACCAGCAGCGAGUAAUUUGACGCGAACGCGUGCCUCUGAUCGGCCAGCUGAUCGUGCCUGUAGAGAGAUUGAAAAGGAUCUUAUGCCAAAUUCAGUAGUUCAUAUACUUGGCGGCGAACCCGUAGCCUUUGCAGAGUAUCCACAUGUGGCUAAAAUUGUCUAUGACACAGAUGACGUGACGUGCGGUGGUACAUUGAUCGACAAACGUUUCGUUCUGACUGCAGCUCACUGCAUAGAAACGAGGGGUAGUAGAGCUUUGAAAGUCAUUUUGGGUGUGACGGACUUCAAUGAUGUCGAACAAUGGCAAACGCGACUCGAGAUAGAUAUUAAGGCCACCUACGUACACGAGAACUAUUCAAGCUUUUUCAAUUAUUUUGAUAUUGGCUUAAUUGAAUUGGCUAAAGAUGCUGAAUAUAGUGUCAAGGUUUACCCAACUUGCCUGCACACUGAUCUUACGGAUUUGCCGGAUAACACCGAACUGAUUGUGACCGGUUGGGGAGUCACCGAAAAUAAGACAACUUCAGCUCGCUUGUUGGCAGCCAAGCUGAAUGCGGUGACGCUUGCACAAUGCAACAUUAGCUAUGCCGAUCAGAUGGAUCGUCAUUUACUUCAUGGCAUUGACGAGACACAGCUUUGUGCUUUUGCUCCGGGGCGAGACGCUUGUUGGGGUGACUCAGGCGGUCCAUUGCAUCUAGUCAAAGAUAAAUCGUUUGGCAAUUAUAGAGUUGUUGGUGUAGUUUCGUUUGGUUUACUUUGUGGUACAAAGUUACCCGGGGUCUAUACUAGGGUGGAAGAAUUUUUGGACUUUAUCGAAAGCAUUGUUUGGCCUGAUGGCUGAUGACUUUAUAAAAUACGAUGAGAUAUGUAUACAUAUAUGUAUGUACAAAAAUUUUAUUUGGCUAACUUAUACAAUUUUAUAAGUUAUUUCCAUUACGAUAUCUAGAUUAAGUAAAUAUUUAUAUUUUUGAAAGCAAAUGAAGAUAAAUACGACGAUAAA